CGUUCAUCAAAGUCCUUUAAUUAGUUCUUGUCUCAGUUCUCUCGUCUUGUCUGGUCCCAGUUCUCAUCUUUGAGAUUUCAAGGUCUGCCUCGGGUCAGUCGUCUCUUGUUCAGUUUACCUUGAAGUCCCAUAUUUACACAAUUCUGAGAAAACCCUCAAGUUUUUCCAUUAACUAUUACACAUCUAUCUCUAUAAGCUCUGCAUGUUUUAAUCUUUUGCCAGCAAAGCACCUGCUUCUUGCUGAUUUUUCAUCUUUUGUUCAACCUGUCUCUACUGAUUAGCUUGACUGGGUUUUAAACCAAUCCUGGGUUGGAGCUAUACAGGGGGAAGGCUGGAAACGGUGUUCAUGGCCUGUUGAGCAGUUCUGUUCCAUCUCAUAUUUUCCAGGUAACUCAUUCUAUUAUUAAAUCUGUUGACUUAUUCUACACUUUACAUGGCCUUGCAGAGCCCCAGGUCUCAGCUGCAGAGUGAGAGUCUGUCCUGCCCCCAGUUAGCCCAGCAGUCCAUUCUGUUUUCACUUUCUUUCCUAACCAUCAUUUAUUUCCUUCUGCGGUAGUUUACAGACAAGAAGCAUCGGUCUCCCCCUCUCUCUCCACCUCCUUUCCAGCCAUGUGACUGAGCACUCCCUGCACCAAGUGAAACUUUUCAGUCCCCAGGAAACCUUGAUGUCCUUUCCACCCACCCCACAGUGAGAAGCAGCAUCUCUCCAACCUGCAGCUGUGCUGGCCAUGGGGAGGAGCGCAUGGCAGUUCAUCUUGCUAAUCUUUGCCUGUGCAUUUUCCUCCUGCUCUGCUGAAGUGGCUCUGGGGGUCGAACUGUCUCCAGAAACCAUAUCCUUCCAUCAGACGGCUACUUCUGCUCAGCCACUUUCCCUUUAUCAUUCUUCACCCCAUCAAGGCACCACAGUUCAUUUUAACAGUACAGACUCUCUUAAAACAACACACAUAAGCCAUAGAACAGCUGUGCAGACAACAGACCAGCACCAGGUAACAACAGCACCAGACCAUCACACGACAGCCCAGGCAGGAGCAACCACCAUACAAGUGACUGGCCAGAAAUCUCCCGUGGUGGUAUCCACAACAUCAGCAGACAACACAACUGCAGCUGGUCAGGCUACAACCCAGGCAAUCGAAACAGUUACUCCUGCAGUGAAGAACACAACCAUACACCCUGUGUCCUCAACCAAGCAAGCCAGAACACAUGUGAGCACAGAAAUGACAGCAGCAGCCACAAACACAACCAUAAAACAUACAACAGCAAACACACAAAUGACAGCUGCUGCCCUAACUACUAUAGCCACCACCAGGCAAACCGUAAAGCCCACCACAGGGUCAGGAAAUCAGACAACAGCGCCUAAAAGUCCAACAGCCACAGCCAUGAUCAACACAACAACCAUUCGUCCAGGGACUCAAACAACCAUCCCAUCUACUAUGAUGACGGUGAGACCCACUCUUGCACCGCAGCCUUCUCCCAUUCCCACUGGCACAUACACCGUUUCCAGUGGGAACAGGACCUGCAUCAAAGCAGUCAUGGGUUUGCAGCUGAUGGCUCAAUAUACACAGAAGAAGGGGAUGGAGUACCUGGCUGUCAACCCCAACGCGACACAGACAUCUGGAAGCUGUGGGACGGUGCAGUCUGAACUGAACAUAACUUUCAGUGGAGGGUUUAUAAACUUCACCUUUGUAAAGCAAGCUCCAAUGUACUAUGUCAGUAAAAUUGAGGCCAGAUUACAGUUAUCUUCUGAAGGUAUGCUUUACUAUGCAGCCAUACAUGAGAAGAUGUUUACAACAAAGCUGGGUAAUUCCUUUAAGUGUGCUAGCAAGCAAACCUUCACCUUGGAGAAGAACUUCCAGCUACUCUUUGUUAAUAUGCAGCUGCAGGCGUUUGAUAUUGUCGGUAACCAGUUUGGAAAAGAAGAAGAAUGUUUUCCUGAUAAAAACAGCAAAGCAGCUCCCAUUGCGGUGGGCCUGAGUAUCCUGGGAUUGUUUGUCAUUGUGUUUGCCACUUUCCUGAUUUCCAGACGAAAGCCGCAUAGAGGAUAUGAACGUAUCUGAGGUGCGCUCGUACUUCCAGAUGUGUGUAGCAAGUAGAGAAGUCACAGGACUUCUAGCUUCUACCUGGCAAUCUCACUUCCCUGAAGCCACAUUUUCAAGUGGGAUGACACCAUGUGUUUAAAGCUAAUGAAUAUUUCUGGAAGCGAUUUCUUUAAGGUGGGAAGGACAGAACUCAUACCAUCUACUUUAGGCUAUUCUUAGCAUCUGAUUUAGGUGUAGUCUAGAGGACCAAAGUGAGGAGCCUAAAUUCUUUGUAUUAUCAACAAAGGAGGCAAUUCAGACCACCUAAGUCAGAUGCCUAAAAAUAGCUUAAAGCAAGUAGUAUCAUUAUCCCCCAGAAAAUCCAUCAGAUUUGUUAAAGAUAGUGUUUAGAUUUAUUAAAAUAGAUGAGUCCAGUAAUAUGACCAUCAAGUGAAUAAACCAGAGGUCCACAGCUACAGACAACCCUGUUAAACCAGAGCUCAGUGAAAGCCUUGUGGGAACACUGCGUACGCUGGUGUCUUAGGGCAAGGCUAAGUGAGACUUUCAUUCACAAGCAAGUUCUCACCAGUCCUAUAACAGGGUUACGCUUCGUAAGUUCUUGUUUUUUUUCCUGCUAAGCCCUUUGCAAGGACACUGGUAAUAUGUGACUCUUACUCUGGAGGCAGUAUUUUUAGAAAAUUUUCUAGUUACCAGUGACUGUGUAUGCAAAUAAGAGAUUACCCAACUGAGGUCACACAGGGUCUGCCUGACCAGUACGUGCCAAAAUUAUCACUUGUCAUUGCUUGUCUCAGCCCUGCUGCAGAGAUGUCUGAACUUCCUGCCAAUAAUUCUUGAACUGCAGCCUCAUAAGGCACAGCACAUUAGAGCAAUCUGAUGCUGGUAAGUUUAUCCUGAAGUGUUACGCUGCAAACUGCAUGAUUCAGAAGCUGAUUGACAGGCAGCUGAGAUGCCCGUGCAGAACUGGGCAGGCAUUUGGAGGCAGUAACUCCAUCCACCUGCCACACCAGGCCAAGCCACCCCACUUGUCAAUCGGUGCUCAAGGCACAGCAUCCCUUUGCCACAGUUUUGCAACACAGUAUGUGGAGAAAGCUGACAUGAGGGUCUGAAAGCACUGUGGUACGUGGGCCGGUGCUAAGGAUGCCAGUGCAAUUGAUGGGGACUGGCGUGAAUUUGCUUGAUAAACUCAAGCAGCUUAAUACUUCAUGGUCUUGUGAGAGCUCAUGAAUCACCCACUUCCUAUUCAGACAUGGACCUGUUACAGUGACUGCCACUGAACUCAGUAACUGUCCCUCUGCUGAGAUGGCAGCACUGUGAUCUCUCUUAAUCCGGGAAGAUAUCACACUCACCGAAAAUGCCAGGGAUUAAGUGGCCACAAUUUUUGCAGACCUGCACAAGGUCCACAAACAAAUAGAAAUCCACUGACGUUGUAUGUUCAAGGCUUCUGGGAGAAAUAAAAGCUUACACAGGCCUAGGACAAACUCUGCCCAAAAGUGAAUGCUAUCCAGUGUGCUUACAGCUGAGCAGCUGGAUUUCACAGGGAAAUAAUUUGGAGUUGCUUUAAAGCACACUAAUUGAUACACUCUACAUCUAUUUCCUGCUAAGCCAAUGAUGAAGGCAUGAAUGUAGUAAUUGCUUUUGAGAUUAAGUUCAGCUAAUGUUCUUGUAGCAAGGAAAAUCUCUUUGUCACAAAAGAUUUACAAAGCUAAACGUAUGCACAAAUGUACACACACACACACACGUGUACACACGUGUUUUGUAAAAGGCUCCAGCACUGUUAAUAGUGCUUAGUGAACUUUUAUCUGUUUUCACCCUUCUUCCUUCCCCCCGGUUAGUGGACAAGCAACCCACUGAACUCAGUGGCAUUGUUCAGGCCCUUGGCUUAAUAAGAUCCCUCUAGUUCUCAGGGUUAGUUAAUACUAUUAAUCUGUUGUUUAGAAAGCAGAUUUUUAUACUCGAUUAAAGCAUUCACUUUUUUUAAAACAAGAGAAUUGAUGAGAUGUCCAGCAGGAGAGGUAAAUAUAUGGGAGAGCUUUCAUUCAAAAAUGAGCCUAUGUAUGCAAUAGUGAUGUCACUGUCCCAAACUGUUACAUGUGGACAUUUUUACAACACUGCCUAAAAAGCUCAGCACUGCACAUGAUCUGACCCUAAGCCGUUUUGACUAGUGAUCAGUAGACAUCUUUCCCAUUCAAAACUAAGUCCUAUUUCACAUGUUCUUUGGAUUGUUGGGUUGCACGAUCUGUACAGUUUGUUACUUCUACUGAUAGGGAUAUAGCAUGUUCUUGUUAUGUUCUGUACUGAAAAAUCUCUUUAUGUUAAUAUUCAGUCUUUUAAUGUUUCAUAUCAACAUGAGGAGAGAAAACUGUUCUUAAUGACUGAUAAUUCUGUGUUUAAUCUUGUGACACCCUCUGGCAUUUUUACCAAUGAUGCAAGGUUAAUGUUUUUUUUCCCCACACUUUUUUCUUUCUACAGUGAAUCAAACUGUUGGUAUUGAACAAUGUGCAGAUUCAGGUUUACCUGAUUUGUUCUUAUGCUUUUUGUUGUUAUUAUUUGUUUGCUAUUUUUAUGAAGCUGCAUACUGCCCUUUCUAGAUGAAUAAUACUCUGGGCUUGCUCUAAAUGGCACAGGUGAAGUGCACGUGGUAUAAACCCAUGAAACAAUUGGAGGCUCCCAUGAAAUGCUGCCAACACGUAGCAAAAUUUAUCCAGUGGAGUUAGGGCUUUACAGUAGUAGAGAAUCCAUUGGAGAAUUCCUUACUGCAUCAGGAGAUCCCAGCCCCUAAGUGCAACUUUUGUCCCACCUGAAGCCCAGCCUGCGUGCUAUCACCUCCUUCCCUCACCACAGAACACACAAACAGCCUGCAGCAGGGAUGCGUGUUAGCGUGCCGGCAUAGCAGGAUGUGUUGCCUCUCUGAAUUUAACAUUGAAUUAGAAUUAGACAGCCCAGCUGCUCCCUCAGUUGCCAUGUGCAGCUUUUAAAGCUGAUGCCUGUAUUUAUUUUCUGCCAGAAUUUAGGUAGAUAUUUGGCUGGCACUUUUUUAUCUAAUAGAGUUGAUUUGAGGUCCUCCUCCCAGUGGGAAGACUCUAUAGGUGUAAUUGGUCUUGGCUGCCAGACUUUCUCUUUUAAACAUCUUGUCUGAGGAAACAUUUUGAGCAAAAAGUCCCUAAAAGAGCACCAUACAAAGAAGACGCUCUUAUGAUAAACUAGCUGUACACUAGGUGGGCCAUAAUAGUUAUACCAUGGGCAGCAGUGAACAGUUUCUUUGCUUCCUGUCGAUGUGGAUGUAAAUGAAAACAGUAUUUUCUAAGCCUGGCAGUUUGCUUCCCUUCCAGGACUGCUCUUUGCGAUAAUCAGACCCUUGUUCAGCAACCUGCUUACUGCUUGGGACAGGGGUUUACCGACCAACCUGCCCUAAAAAUCUGCAUGCCAAAAACCUUCAUAUAGUCAGUAUGAGCCCAUGUACCCAGAGAGCUGACAGAAGAGCACAGUCUGCUGUGGGAGGGGACAAGGUUGCAGCUGGGUCCCAGAGUGACCAGCAGUGUUGGUCUCAGCAGCCCCAGCUCAUUUAAUCCCUCAGCUGCGGCCUCAGAUGAACCCAUCCCUGAACCAGAAGAUAUUGAUCAUGGUGACACGAUGCAUCCCAUCAGGGAAGCUAUGCUUAACUUGCUUGCAAGCAUGCGCUGGUCAGGAUACAGUGGGGCCACUCAUAGAAACUAGGAGGUGAGCACAUCCCUAUAGCUCCCUGAUGCUCUGCUGCAGCUCUCACCCCAGACCAUUCACUAUGGUCUCUUGCACACCCAAGGUAGACACAAGAGCAUCCCAUGAGCAUGAUGAUGUCAUACUUAGCCAAAUCACCAAGGAGUUUAUAAAGCAAGAUUUAAUUUCUUUCAGUCCUUUUUGCUCUUGGAUGGACAAAGUCCAAAUUAAAAAACAGCUGUUAAUUCUGGUUGAAGGAGGAAGGGAGAUGUAGAUUAGCAUCUUGGGUGUAUGAAGAUGGUUUGGUUGAUCACUUCUAGCUUGCUAUAAUGUAUGGUUGCUAAAAAAUUAUUUGCUAUGAAAAGUAAGAUAUGGUCUUUAUUUUUCUAUUAUUGAUGUUUCUAUAUUAAAGGUUGUAUUUAGUCAUUAAA